CACGGAGACAUAAAUCUACCCGUGAGUUCCGAUCUCACAUAAUUUGCUUCCCAGCGUCCCCGCUCUCCUGUCCUGUCUAUUGAAGCACAUGGCCGCGGCGGCGUGGUCCGGCACCGCCUGCGCCUCCUUCCCCAACUCCCUGCUGCUCUCGCGCUCCCUUCCCUACGCAGCCUCCUCGCUGGCGCCUUCUUCAGGGAGCUUCAUGCAGCGGCGACUUCUCCAAGGCGUCGGCACCCCUGCCAUGGCGGCGCUGGCGCCGCCGGCGGUGCUACAGGAUGUAGCGGCCACGCUGUUCGUCACCGCCGGCGCCUACUCUCUUGUGCGCACCUUCGAUGUGCUCACCGAGCGGCGGCUCGUCGAACAGAGUUUGAGCAGGAAGAUUGUUCAUGUGCUAUCCGGCGUUCUGUUCAUGUCAUCCUGGCCACUGUUCAGUAAUUCGACAGAAGCACGGUACUUCGCGGCGGUUGUUCCAUUCUUGAACUCCAUAAGGCUUCUGACAUACGGACUCCGUCUCUACACCGAUGAAGCUUUAGUAAAAUCUGUGACCCGUGAAGGAAAACCAGAGGAAUUGCUGAGAGGUCCUCUCUAUUAUGUCCUGGUUCUGCUGUUCAGUGUUUUAGUCUUCUGGCGCGAGUCCCCCAUUGGGAUUGUUUCCUUGUCGAUGAUGAGUGGUAGCGAUGGUUUUGCUGACAUUAUCGGUAGAAGGUAUGGCUCACUGAAGUUGCCAUUCAAUAAGAAGAAGAGCUGGAUCGGGAGCAUCUCUAUGUUCAUUUUCGGUUUCCUGCUAUCAGCUAUAAUGCUCUUCUACUUCUCAAACCUUGGUUACGUUCAUGUUAGCUGGGAGGAGGCACUUGGUAAGCUGGUCCUUGUUGCAUUGGCAGCCACCGUAGUGGAGUGCAUUCCUGUCACAGAUGUUGUAGAUGACAAUAUCUCUGUUCCUUCGGCCACCAUGUUGGUAGCUUUUCUGCUGUUUGGCUCCGGCGCACAAUGACUAAAUACUAGUAGUAUUAAGUAGAUGCUUUGAGUUCCCCCUGGAAUCUCUCCUA